AUGGCAUCUGCAGCUCUGAAAACCUUCUCUGAGAUGAUACUGGAAGCCAAGAGAGAACAGAGAGAGCAUUCUAAGCCAGUUCAGGCCACUGUUUCAAAUCUGCCUACCCAGAUGCCCAUGGGGUCAAGAAACAAAGAAAACAAUGUUACUGCCAUCACAGAAUUUUUCCUCUUGGGAUUUCAAGUCAGCCAAGAUUUAAGAAUUUUGCUUUUUUGCCUACUACUCUGGGUUAACUGUUGCACACUAUGUGGAAACCUCCUGAUCAUCAUCCUGGUGUCCACCAGCAAGAAGCUCCACACUCCAAUGUAUUUAUUCAUCUCACAACUGUCCAUCAAUGACAUGUUAUUGACAACAGUUAUUGUCCCCUUUAUGCUCCACAUUCUACUGAACAAUGGGGGGACCAUUGGUUUUACUGACUGUAUCAUUCAAUUUUAUUUUUUCUGUACUUUGGAAAUAUUUGAAUGUCUACUCCUUACGGUGAUGUCUUAUGACAGAUAUGUGGCCAUCUGUAAUCCCCUCCAUUACUCCUCUAUCAUGACAAAUGAAUAUUGCGUAAAACUACUCAUAUCCUGUUGGUUGGCUGUUUUGUUCAUAGCAGCUAUGGACACUGUAACAAUAUUAAUGUUAAAGUUUUGUAAAAAAAAUGUUAUUGACCAUUUUUUCUGUGAUAUUGUUCCAUUGCUAGAAAUUGCCUGUUCAGGUACUCAGUUUGUGGAGUUAGAAGUUUCUGCACUAGGACCCCCUGUACUUUGUAUCCCGCUCAUAAUAAUAAUAGUGUCAUAUAGUAAUAUUAUUGUCACAAUAUAUAAGAUUCCAUCCAAUAUCAGUAGACGAAAAGCCUUUUCCACCUGUAGCUCCCAUCUAAUUGUGGUCUCCAUAUUUUAUUGCACUUUGUUCAGUGUCUAUGUUGUCCCAACAAGUGGACAAUCAUUGACCAUCAGUAAAGUCCUAUCUCUGAUAUACACUGUGGUGACUCCUUUCAUAAACCCCAUAAUAUACAUCAUUAAUGGCCUGACACUUCCACCAGAUGUGGAAGAAAGAGCCUUUGGAAGUCUUGCAUCUCCAACAUAA